GCAUUCGCUGCUACAGACUCCGACUCACUUUUAGACGAUUAAUACCCCUGAACAAGUCAAAGACGACACCCUAACGACAUGGAAUUAAAUUAAAUAUCGCGUCAUCCUCUUCUAUUACGUUCUGUCAUCCCUCUCACCCCACCUCUUAGGCGGUGCCACCGAACUUUCAUUCAACUCCUCGCACCGAACCUUUCAUCCCAAAGGUCCGAAAACUUCAGAAUAUCACAAAACUUUACCGGUAAAGAUGGCAGAGCCACCGGCGAAACGAGCUCGUCGGGUGGACAGCUCGACUAUGUGGGACAUGAACGACAAAGAGGGCCGUCCGGAUGAAGCAGAGUCAGACUUCGACAGGAGCCCAAGACGUGAAACACAUCCAAAGGAGGACGGACGGCGUGACGGCCCUCGCGACGACAGAAGAUAUCGCUCACGUUCGAGAGACCGGAGAGAUCGGAGGCGCGACAGGAGUUGGUCCAGGGACCGCCGGGACCGCGAUCGCGACCGAAAGGAGAGGGACAGGGACGAGCGUGGACCCAGAGACAGAAGGAGCGUCAGUCGCGACAGACAUUAUGAAAGACGAGGUUACCCAUCAAAAGGCGACAGAUAUCGAGACCGCUCUCGAUCGCCCGUCCGCAAUGGCAACAGAGAUAGGUCCAGAACACCGCCAGUGCGAGCCCCCAGAGGCGACCGCAGAAAUGACCGCAGAGACUAUCGCAACCAAGCAAACGGUGCACCAGACCCCAAGUUGACAAGCCGGCCUCGAGAUGGAAUGGAUAUAGACACCGACGACCCUGUCGCAGAGGACGACAUCGACGAGAUGAUGCGCAGGAGCAUGGGAUUCAGCAAAUUCCGAAGUACAAAAAACACCAAGGUUCCCGGGAACAAUGUCUACGGAGUGCGAAAGGAGAAGAAGACAGAAUACCGACAGUACAUGAACCGUAUAGGAGGAUUCAACCGACCACUCAGCCCUUCACGCACGUGAAAGAAAACCUGCACCUUACAUUAUACCAAAUCCACAUCUUUCUCACCCCUCCUGUUAUCCUGUUACUUUUACUUUCUAUCACUUCUCCCUCUGUUUUAUUUCGUUACCCUCCUUCUGACGGAGGCGUAUUCAUCAUGGUCUAAUUCUGGUGCGGUUCAUAUGCAUUUACGGAGCUGGUUCUUUUGCACUUUAUGGGGCACCUGGGAUAUCUAGCGAAUUACAGGAGAUCUUAUCUAUAUCCUUGUACAAAUCAAAAAUUAGGAAACCAGGUUUAACUCUUCCUUCGG